AGGUGGCAGUGUAUGCACCUAAAAGUUGGGUGCGAUCCACCAACCAAAUCCCAAAGAAGAAGGAGGGCCGGUGUUACAAAACGUGAAGAUUUAAUUGAAAAACAAUCUUUUUCCUGCUUCUUGGUUUCAAUACGUAGGUUAAAUAUUGUAACUUUUGGCGGAGUCAUGUAUCGGCGACCAUUGCAGUCCGCUGUGAGGAACAUAAUAAAUACGUCAGCAUCCAGAGUCACCUUCGGCAAGGCAUUAGAGCAAGAGGCCUGUCUUGGAAGAGCUUUAAUUGCUUGCCGGUUGUUAGCCGCAACCUCUCCGUCCCAGACACAAUGCCGGACCCUUCACAGCACUUCACAGCUUUUUAAUGUGAAAGAAACCCCACAGACGGCCAUGGAAGAGGAGGUGGGGGCCUUCACCAAGCUCAUCGAGGCCAUGGGCUUCACAGGACCUCUCAAAUACAACAAAUGGAAAAUCAAGAUUGCUGCCUUGCGCAUGUACACAUGCUGUGUGGAGAGAAUCAACUAUGACGAAUUUUUUGAAAAAUGCUCCCUCCCCGACACGCUCAACUCCUGGUUCCUGGUGGCACAGCUCCAUGUCUGGAUGUGUCUGGUGAGGAUUAGGCAAGAAGGCCGUGAGGGGAAGUACAUGUGCCGCUACAUCGUCCACUCAAUGUGGGAGGACGUGGAGCAGAGGAGCAAGAUCAUGGGGAUUGAUGCCAUUCACCGGAAGGAAAGCAUGAGGGCUAUGACAGAGACUUUCUAUGCUGCUAUUUUUGGAUAUGAUGAGGGAAUCCUUUCGGACGAUGGGGUGCUGGCAGCCGCCCUGUGGAGGAACAUUUUCAACCGCCAGUGCGAGGACCCCAGGCAGCUGGAGCUCAUGGUGGAGUACGUCCGUAAACAGAUGCAGUUUAUCGAUGCUCUGGACGGGGAGGACCUCCUGCUGACUGGGGAGGUCAAUUGGCGCCCCCUUCUGGAGGAUAAUGCACAGAGCAUCCUGAAGGUCCCCACGCCCACCUACAACGACGCUGGGCUCUAAGACGCCCACCCCCAUCACCCUGCUCCACCUCCUUCUCUACCCAUACUCCUCUGUGUCCAGAAACACUGUACUCUAGGCAGGAUAGCCAUGCAGGGACUCACACCUGAUCUACACAACAUACACCCUCUCUCUCCCUUCACCUCCCCUACCCACCCUCCAAAACAACCCCCUAACCAGUGUCCCAUCAACCAACCAACUGACUGGCAGGGAAUACCAUCCACCGCCAUUUCCUAUAAGUUUUGAGAGUAAGAAGAUGCCGGCUUGUUGCACUUCAUUUAAAAAAUGAUACAGAAAUCCUUUCUAGUUAACUAUUUUUUUUUUCUGAUGCCAUAAUAUUUAUAAGCGUUCUUUUAUAGCCUUUGCGGUUACAUGCCCCGCUGUCUAAGUUUUUCUGGUGCAGCGGUUCCGUCUUCCAGUGCUCUCAGAACGUUAUGGGAAACAUAUACAUGUUGCCUGGCGAGUCAUCAAUGUAUAAAAUGGGACUUUUGCCCUAAUUGAAAUAAGUCUCAAAGGAAUCUUUGUUUUUCUUUUUGUUUGUAUGAAUCCUCCUUCAAAAUAAAUCUGUAAACCAGUAA